AUGGCAGCUGAAGAAACUAAAAAUCCAGAGGUUGGGAUUGAACAUGUAGUAGCGAUUUUCGGGGUCACAGGGCUAGUUGGGAAGGUUCUGGCCAGAGAGCUGGUCACAAAACCCAAAUGGAAGGUUUACGGCAUAGCUCGAAAGCUAGAGAUCAUGCUACCCAUUGAUCAAUGUUCAUCGAACUUCCAUUUCAUCCAAUGUGAUCUGCUAAACCCUUCGGAAACCAAAGAUCGGCUUUCAUUGUUGCAAAAUGUUACUCUCGUGUUUUGGCUCACUUGGCCAAGCCAAUGCCAGUUGGAUAGCAUUGAGUGUUGCGAGCAGAAUAAGACUAUGAUGUCGAAUGCAUUGGAUUCCAUUGUUCUGAAAACAAAGGCAUUGCAGCAUGUUUCUCUCCAGACAGGGAUGAAGCAUUACGUGUCAUUGCAAGGGCCUUUUGAUGAUGAAGUAGAAGCUCGAUACUACAAUGAAGAUUGCCCGAGAGUGGAUAAAGGGUGCAAUUUUUACUAUGUCCUAGAAGACUUGCUUAAGGGGCUGGCCGGUAAGAUAGCUUGGUCGGUACACAGGCCUGGUUUGAUAAUUGGUAGUUCUUGUAGGACUUUGUAUUUUAUGGGGAGUUUAUGUGUUUUAAGUAACCAUGUGUAAGCAUUUGGAGGGACAGAAAGUUGUUGGGAAGAGACUUGUAUCGAUGGCUCGGAUGCAAGGCUAGUAGCGCAACGGUAUAUUUGGGCAGCAACCAAUGAUGGUUUGUACUCAUAUUCCACUGACGGUCAGUCAUACAAUGCAAUCAAUGGGCCAAGUUUUACAUGGAAGGAAAUCUGGACGGCUCUUGGAGAGAAAUUCGGAGUAGAAGUAAUACAGGAAAGUGCAUUUUCGGAUGAGUUCUGGUAUUCGAAAUCCUUGGCAGACAAGAAAGAGGUUUGGAAAGAAAUUGUAGCAGAGAAAGGACUGGUUCAAACUGAGAUGGAAAAUUUGGCCAAUUGGGAAUUCUUGGACGUCUUGUUUCGUUGUCCGUUUAAGCUAUUGGGAACCCAAAACAAAGUUGAUCGACUACGGUUUACUGUAAGGUAUAAGACACUGGAUUCAAUCUUGUACUGGAUAGAUUGUAUGGGAUAUGAAAAAUUAAUACCUUAA